ACAAAGGCAUGCAGUAAGAGGAUGAGCAGCAAGCAGCUCUGUGCACAGAUCGGCUACUAGGUGGGAUUGAUUAUGACUUGAAUUGCGGAGGGGAGGAAGUGGACAAUCAGUUAUCUUUCCACAGAAAUCUGCGCCGACGUGGGAGAAAACAGGGAGCGGGGAGAGUUAGUUAGGAACCAGAGAGAGAAAGAGAAGGUAGGAAAGAGAAAGGGAGUGAGAGGAGAGAGGGAGGAAACUGAACUCGCCAAGCGAAGGAAAAGCACGGCCAGACAGACAUGCUCAGGCCUGCUCAGAGCUCUGCAGUCUAGUCCAGUCCAGUUCAGUCCACGUUUCCGGGGAAGUGAAAUGAUCUCUUCUCUAUUAGCAGCAACACUUGCUGCUGCCGCUUUCUGGGCAUUCUCAGCUCCGCCCUUACCUCUCCCUCCCCUCUCCUCUGCCUUCAUCGAUGUUAGGUUCUCAUGAUCUCAUACUUUAACCCAGGACCAUUCCUCUUCGUUGUCUAAGCAACACCUUUCCUCUACCCCUGCUCGUUGCAGAGCACAGCAGAGCAGCAUCAGUUCAGUUCAGUUCAGUUCAGUCCAGUCCUGUUCAGCAUACCAGAGCUGCAAGAGAAUACUGGUCAGUCAUCUCGGUACGAGCUUCAGUCCAGAGAGUGACACACACAGCCAGCCACGGGGACGAACACCGAGUGAUUUGAGGGAGAGCGAGAGCGAAGAACUAGUUCGCAGUGAACGAUGGUUGGGACUCUGUUCAUGCGCUCCGGCUGAACAAGAUCGAGCUCGCUCGCUCGCUCGGAGUGCAGAGGGUGCACAUCUCUGACCUCGAAGAGUAGCCAACGAGUGACAACAAGUGACGGAGUGAGCUGUAAGGAGGUCGAGGAGAAAGAGGACUGGACUGGGUAUGGUGCAAAUCUAGAGCAGCAGCAAUCUGGGAGGACGGGGUUGAAAAUCGCAGCUCGGGGAGCAGCAUGGGACAUGCAGUGUGCUGCCCCAUUCGGGCUUGUUGCGUCGUGGACGGUGAGCUGAAUGAGGAGGUAGAAGGGGCAGGUUGAGUUGCGCCUCGACUCCCUGGAGUCUGUCGAGAGGAGGGGGGAGGUACGGGGAGGGGACGAGGCGACUAAUGCAGGAGAGCGUGUCAGGAGAAGCUGGUGCUGGUGGAGGAGGAGGAGGAGGAGGAGGUUGUGGUGGUGCCUCCGGUGGGGGCAGUGAGGACGGGAAAGAUCGCAAAGAUAAAGAGAGAGAAAUGGCCAAGCUCAGUGCGAGCGAGAAGGAAAAAACCAAGCUGCGCGAGCGGCAAAGGCGAGCUAUCACCACGAAAAUCUUCGCGGGUUUGAGAAAGCACGGAGGCUACAAUCUGCCUCCCCGUGCCGACAUUAACGACGUCUUGAAGGCCUUGGCUCAGGAGGCGGGGUGGACCGUGGAGGCCGAUGGCACGACCUAUCGCACCCAGGGAGCUCUGCAGCAACCGAGCAGCAGUCAUGGGGGUCACCACUCACUUCGGCAGCAGAGCCUGUCGUCGCAGGGUCGGGUGGCCAUGCUGCCGGGCAACACGAGCAUGCCGGCGAGCUUCAGCUGCAGCCUCACGGGGCUGACGGGCCUGACGGGGCUGCUGCCACCGGAUGGCAACGAGUUAAGAGAGGGCAACUGCUCGACCACGGCAUCGCCCCGGCGUGUGGGAGGUGGUGGCGGCGGGCAGCAAUCCAACAGCUCAUCGAUGACGACUCUCAUGCAUCCGAAUUCCGCUUGCCUCUCGUCGCCAUUCGCGUCCCCGGCCUCGAGCGAGGGCGCCCCCAGCGUGCGCCUCAACAAUCCGUUCAUGGGGGGCGGCAUGCCGGGCGGCUUCCUCUCGUGCGGGCCUGUCCCGUCGGACGGAGGCGGAGGAGGGCGCGAUCGCGACUCGGGCGCUCUGAAGGACGAAUCGGCCGCUUACUUCAGCGCCGACACUCUCGAGGCCCGCGAGUACGCGGCCAGGAACGGGGCUAUGGCGAAUCACAUGAACAACAUGCUGUUCGGGGGCGGGCAUUCGCCGCAACAAGCUUUGCAGAAUAGCCAUCGAUUCGGCAACCCGCGGCUCACCAUGCCCUCACUCGCCAUGCUCUCGUCCUACGCCCAGGAACAUCGGGCUUCCAACAACAAUACUCCACUCGGCUCUCCUCAGCGUCAUGGUGGGCCUGGCUAGCAGGGGAUUGAAUGCGUUCGGAGCUGUCAUUCUGGGGACGGACGAAGGAAGGGGAGGGAGGUCGGGUCAAAGGGAAAGUGAGGCCAUCAUGUAGUAGACAGGAAGGACACGACACGAGUACCAGAUAGAGUAAUGUUUCAGAACGGGGGGGGAGAGGGAGGGAGGGAGGGAGGGAGGUAGGAAGGGGGAGAUGUGUUUCAGAGGGGGAGAAGUUUCAUAGAGUUUCGUAUGAAUGGGCCAUGGCAGUGGGUGGAAUUCGACUUUGGUCGUUCAGUCCCUAUCAGGGUCGGUGUGUGGGGUAGAGCAUUCAGUUCUCGAUGUCCAGCAGCAGGGAGAUGUUGGUGGAUGGGAUGAGGAAGGAAGGGAAGUGGUUCGGAGCCGAGCCGAGCAUUUGUUGAGAUGACAUUGAUCGGAUGAGAUGAGCUGAAUGAGUGGGGCCUCGCCAGCACAGCAGCAGCAGCAGCAUUCCAUCGUCAAUUACUACUCUACUACCACUACUCCUGCACGAGUUGUAGAUGUCUGACUGACUAUGUCUCCACCGCAAUCGCUCACCUGCUCGAGAGGCCGUGACGACCAGAUUAUCUUGCUGGAUGAUGACCAAAUCUCCGCUUAAAAGACUAAGAAACCUCAAGGCAGAAGAGUUGAUUUGUGCCUGCAAUGCAAACGCGAGUAUAUGCGUUUCUGGGUCGAAAUGUUGAGAGCGACUUUUUUUUGUUCUCUCACCUGUGGCUGCUGCCAAUGCUGCUGCUGCUAGUCAUUCGAUAACUCAUUUUUGUUAAUGGGACGUUCGGUAGAAGACAUCUCAUUUUGUGGAGUCGGAAAGUAAUCCUUACUUACAGACUGGAAGCAUUCCAUGUAAGCACGCACUCGAAGCUUAUACAAAUUUGUCAGAUUUAAUGAUAAAUCACCUUGACGAAUUUGACGCCAC